AUGCUCGCAAAGGCUCUCAUACUUGUCGCCUCCGUUAUCUCGAAUGCUAUUCCAUCUGCUCGUGUUGCGUUGCACACUGUGAAGAUGGUUAAUCAAUAUAGCACCAGAAUUCUCACCCUAAGUCAGAAUUUCACAGUUCUCUGGACCGGAACUGAAGAAACUGGCAUGGGUCCCUUCGAAUCGGCAAUGGCGUGAGUUACUCUCCUUGUAUCACUGAUUAAUUGGUUCUCAUUUCCUACCACGCUCGACAAUGACGACUGUGGUUUUAACCACGUGUACUGUACCAUUGUGGAAAUCACUCUGAAAAAUCCUACGGUGCCCGGGGUUGACUGAAAGAGGUGUGAAUCACAAUGUUGUCCGGGAAAGUUGCGAUUCGAAAGGGGAAGUUUGAGUGAGCAGGAUCUUUCAG